AUGUAUAGCCUACGCUCUUUGAUCUUCGCCGCAGUGUUGGCCCACGGGGUCAUCGCGGGCUCUCGUAUGUGGGAGGCGCCUCUUCACUACCCCUCUGUGGACGCUCCUGUUGAAAUCACCCUGAACCUUGAAGGCGUCAGCGUCACUCAAGUCGGCACCCAAUCGUUCAACAGCACAGAGAAGCGAUGGGUCACCAUCAAAGACGGCGGCGCACAAGGAGAAAGUCGCUUGCUGAGCCAUUUCAAAUGGCCAGACAAGAAGAUCCGCUUCCACUUCGAGACAGAAGAGGCCAAGCAGAAACUGGAAGUCUAUCUUGAUGCCGCCAAAGCUCUUUGGUCAGCGGCCGGUCUCCCUGAUGAGUUCACCUACGAAGAAGUAACCAGCGAAGCGGACUAUCAGGCGAAAAAGGGAAAGAUUCUCCUGGUCAAGUACAAUGACCGCAAUUAUCUCGGCACCUCCCUUGGCCUUCCAACCCAAGACGACGAUGGCCCGAGUCCAGUGAUGGAUCUCUGUGAUUCAGAAAAGAUUGGUACUCUCAAUAUUGUGGCCAAUUUUGCUCACGAGUUGGGUCACGCUUGGGGAUUGCACCAUGAACAUCAGAACCCUCAGUUCUGGACCAGUCCCUACACGGCGACUAAAGGCGACCGGGUUCAAUUCGGCUCAGGGUACGGCGAGUUUCACUGUGAGAGCCUGUCCGAUUACGAGGCGACCAAGACCAGACUUAUCGCACAAUAUGGAGAGGGCGAAGGCAACGCGAGAUUGAGGCAGUCCUGCGAGAAACGUAUACACGCUAUCCAGAACGACUUCAGAGGCGCAAUGGAGUGGCUGCCUCUCCACUCGUCGGAAGAUUUCGUCGGUAGCGUCAAGGAAUUUGACGAACGCUCCAUCAUGCUCUAUCCAUCUCGAGCAGGCGGCUCGGGGACGGCCAACGGGCAGGGCGCUGAUGACGGACGCGCCGUGAUUCUCACGCGCGCCGGUGGUAAGGAACUGGACUACAACACGGCGCCUUCUGAGCAAGACGUUCAGGGCAUUAGGAAGCUUUAUGGGGUGCCGAGGAAGACCUACAAGUCACUCUUUAGUGAGUUGAAGGAUCCCAACAACAGCAGAUUCACGGAAGAACGCCGGAAGGAUGAAGGCACCGGCUGUAACACAUAA